ACGGCCUGCAGGGGAUGCAUGCAUUACUUUUUGAUCGAGGUAUGUACCAGUACAGCGGGGGAUGCUUAUCAGCGAAACAUUACUUCAUAUCCUCAUGCUAUACAUACAAGGAAACGUACCUCAGGGAAGAUCAAGGACUCCUAACAGGUAAUGCUGAGAUAUAGCUUGUACUGAGAUUUGUUUCACCACUAAUAGUGGAUAAAAUCAUGGAUAGAACAGUAAGAGGGACUGGAAACGAAAAUUGUGCGUGAAACACUCCCGCGUUAUAGGGUGUGGCUAAAACUACAAAGGAUUAUUAUUAUUUAUAGUCAGCAUGCUCAUUACUUGUCUUGCUGCCAUACAAUGUGCUCUAGGCUCUGUAUAUACAUAGAAAUGAUGAAAUUGAUCACUUUUAAUGUUGAUUACCGUAUAGCGGGUAAUUUUCGUGGGGUAAAAUAUUCGUUAUUUUCGUGAGCAAGCUGACCUCCAAAUUUUAACGUAGGCGUGGCUUACCGGAUCGUAGGAAUGCAAUGCAGACAACGAGACUAAACGAAAUUUUUACUCACGAAAACCACCGUUUCUCGAGUUGAACGAAUUUUUUACCCAACAAAACUUACCCGCUAUACAGUAUUCUAAAAAGUAAAGAGAUUCUAGCUCUAAAGGUCGACUAAGCAACAGCCACUAUCACUAAACAAAUGAAAGCACGUAACGCGGGUGCUGAUGCCUCGGUGGAGGUGCCAAAACUACAUAACAUAAAACUACUAAUAGCUAGCUUUUAUACACACAUUGAUUAUAAUUAUCAUGAUGAACAUUUUUAAUUUUGCUGCAUGCAAUCAGGAAACUCAAACAGUGGGUAAUGAUCGACCAUGAUUGUUGUUAACAAUCUAUGCCAAAAGACUAAAAUUAAUGGCAGCUCUCUUCUCACCCUUAAUCUUGCAGCUACCAUGUACCAAUAGCUAGCGUUCUAGUGCAGAGCUAACUACUAAGUAGAGUAGCAACACUCGGUGGAACAAGUUUUGCUAGCAAACUAGGGUUAUUAUGCCUCGGUGCGCAUGCGCAAGCGAGGUACCGUAUAGCGGGUAUAUUUCGAGGGUAUAAAUUUUUGCAGAUGGACCUCUACAAAGGAUUUCGCAGAUUUUCUUUUCCUGAUCUAAUUUCCAGCCUUUUGGCACAUGCGCACAUCAACAUGCAGUAACCUCCACACCGUUAGCCUCAAAUCCAGGCCUAGCCUGUAUAAAAUAAUAGAAUCGGUCCACCUGUAGCAGAAUGUUAAUUUGCUGUGCAGGCCAUGUCAGGGGAUACCACCAGUACAUAACAAUCUGGGCGUAGACGUAGAGCAAGCUAGCUGGCUAUACCGGCGUCCUUGUCUCUUGAUUCCUUUUUUCUUUUCUCUUAUUGUCGAUAGGUGUGGUCAAUGAUACUGAACACGCCUAAUUUUUGUGGGUAUAAAUUUUCACAGUACAGGCUCAAUCCGCGAACACCGCGAACAUUUAUACCCUCGAAAUAUACCUGCUAUACGGUAUAGCCUCGAGACCAGCCGUUCGUUAUCUGAAAGAACGCCUGGUCAAGUUCCAAUGUAGCACUCGUUCUAGCUGAGUCAGCGAGUGGUUAGUUACGACAUGAUUGCGGCAUGCAUUGCGGUAACCGCAAACACAACAAUACUACGGGGGUGUGCAUGUGUUUGCGUGAAGAAAUAGAGAUGGAGAAGAGAGUAGCUGCAGCUAUAUCUGACAGUACCCGACAACUAGGAAUAGAAAGUCUCAAAGAUAAACAGUUGGAAGCUGUCCUCAAGUUUGUUGAAGGCCAUGACAUAUUUGUAUCACUCCCUACUGGAUAUGGAAAAUCUAUCAUAUAUGCCGUUCUGCCACUUGUAUUUGACAAACUGAAAGAUUUGUCUGGAAGUAUUGUUUUGUGUAUCAGCCCUUUGUCGUCUCUCAUGGUUGAUCAAAGUUCUAAAUUUACUCGGAGCGGUUUGAAAGCAGAAUUUGUAGGAGAGGCACAACUUGACCAAGAAGCAACAAAGAGAGUGCUCGAUGGAGUAGUGCAGUUAGUUUUUAUAACUCCAGAGAACAUUAUGAACAAUGCUCGAUAUAGAGAUAUGCUCCAGAGUGAAGUGUACAUGAAGAAGCUUGUGGCAUUAAUAGUGGAUGAAGCCCACUGUGUUAAAACAUGGGGGGAUCAAUUUAGAAGAGCCUUUGCAGCACUUGGUGACUUACGCAGUAUCAUACCCACUGAAGUUAACGUGAUGGCUCUCACAGCUACUGCCACUAUAGAAACCUUUAAUGUUGUAUCCAAACGACUAAGUAUGAAGGAGCCAGUAUUGGUUGCAUUACCCCCUGAUCGUGGUAAUAUCUUCUAUACGUUAGAACCAAAGAUUGAUCUUGAAAGGUUGAGUGAGGAUUUGUGUUACGGGCUGUGCCGAAAACGAACUGCGUACCCAAACACUGUGGUAUUUGUUCGCAGAUAUAGGGAUUGUUCGGAUUUAUGCAUUGCUUUAACACGCAAGCUUGAUGAAGAGAUGACAGAUCCUCCUGGGUACCUAAAUCUUUAAGAAUACCGGCUGUUCGAUAUGUUUAGCAGUGUUCAGACAUCUGAAAAGAAAGAGCAAGUGAUAUCAUCAUUUUUAGGAAUUGGAAUGAAGCUGCGAUUAAUAAUUGCCACAUCAGCUUUUGGGCUUGGCAUAGAUUGUUCUGAUAUUCGACAAAUUUUUCAUUGGGGGUUACCAUCAAACAUGGAAGAAUAUGUCCAGGAGACUGGUCGUGCUGGUCGAGACGGUUUAGAUGCUAAAGCAAUCUUGUUUGAAGGAAAGGGUGAACAACAUUCUUCUGAAAGACUAAAAGAGUAUGUGAGCAAUGCUACUGUUUGUAGGCGAAAGCUUCUGUUCGAAGGUUUUUUGAAGUAUUACGAUGGUUCAGUAAGAAUGAGCCGAUCUAGAUGCUGUGAUUUAUGUGUAUUGUGUAUUGUCUUGUGAGAAGUUUGAUUAACAUUAGUGAAAGGUAACAUGUUUUCCUGAAAUAACAUUAUAGAACGUCACUGGUUUUAUGCAUGCAGGCAAUGUUUUUUCACCAUGGAAUCGGCAGUGUGCCGAACAAGGUUUAUGAGCCAAAUAAACAGCUCAUUUGGGAGUCACUGUGGAGGAAUGUCAUUGGCUCUCAAUGAGCAGCAGUUUGGGUACUACCUUCAAUUUUUAAAGAAUUCUACCUGACAGUUGCCAAUUAAGAAGGCAGCGUGUGUUAUAGGGUUGCAGCCUUGUGAGAAGGUGUGGAUGCUGAACGGCAGUGUUCAGAUAAAUCACACAUAGACGUCAUCAUUAUUAGUCAACAUUUAUUGAUCAAUUAUAUAUUAUACUAGAUAUCGCCUGAUGCAUGGCAGUUGUAUAACACCAGAAGAAUCAAAUUAUAUAUGGCUGGACAAGAAUUUGCUUGGGGAUGUCGGAAACGUACCAUCCCACUGUUUGCUACCAAAGAUUUGUACACCUUUGAGCGUCUCCCCUAUCUCUCGCCUCCUUUCAGCAAUGAAGGUUGCGCUGAAACACAACUACCUGGCUGGUUUGCUCAUGGUCAGUGGUAGUAUCAUGGCCAUGCACUAUUCAAAAAUUGUUGAAGUACUGUCUGGUUGUCCUAUUGUUGUGGCUGUCGGGCCCUCUGAGACAGGG